UCUUCAAUGUAAAAAGUCGUGAAACACUUGUUCGAAGAGAGGCAUGUGCUGGCAAAUCAAUGUUGAGUGGAUUUAAGAGCAAUAUAGUGGAUCUGUUAACAUGAGGAUAGAACAAUUAUUUUAGAGAUUGAAUUUAUGGGAUCAUUAGAACUACGGUUCAAGUUGCUUACAGCUUAAGGGUGUGUCAUAGUCUUUUAAAAUGCCAACUUCAACGUGCGAAAAUGUGGUUGAUGACAUCGAAGAUCUCGUUGGAAGUUUCGACUUAAGACCAUCUCAAAGACACGUUACAAAAAAACUCAUACUACCGAAAAACAAAAGAAAAAGUAAUGAUGAAGAAAUUGAAAAUACACAUAUCGAAAGUAUUAUACCAGGUAUGCAGAGCAUCUACCUCAAGACAUGGGGAUGUUCUCAUAACAAUUCUGACAGUGAGUACAUGGCAGGGCAACUGGCAGCUUUUGGAUACAAUAUCACAGACAAAAAAGAGGAGGCAGAUUUGUGGAUAUUAAACAGCUGCACUGUGAAAAACCCUGCUGAAGACCAUUUUAGAAAUGAAAUAAAGAAGGCAAGAGAUCUCCAGAAACACUUAGUGGUAGCCGGCUGUGUGCCCCAGGGACAACCCAGAGCAGACUAUCUACAAGGCCUAAGUGUUAUUGGUGUGCAACAGAUAGAUAGAGUGGUGGAGGUAGUGGAAGAAACCAUCAAAGGUCACUCAGUACGUUUAUUUGGUCAAAAGAAGCAGGAGGGGAAAAAGACUGGAGGUGCUGAUCUGAGCUUACCCAAGAUAAGAAAGAACCCAUUAAUAGAGAUUAUAGCCAUUAACACAGGGUGUCUGAAUGCUUGCACUUACUGCAAAACAAAGCAUGCAAGAGGAGAACUAGGAAGUUAUUCAAUAGAAGACAUUGUAGCCAGGGCCAAACAGUCUUUUGAAGAGGGGGUAGUAGAAAUCUGGCUGACAUCUGAGGACUUGGGUGCCUAUGGUAUAGACAUUGGAGUCACAUUACCUGAACUGCUGUGGAGACUUGUUGACACAAUACCAGAGGGUGCCAGGAUGAGACUUGGCAUGACAAACCCACCAUAUAUCUUGCAGCAUCUAGAAGAAAUGGCAAAGAUCCUGAACCAUCCCAGGGUAUAUUCCUUCCUGCAUGUUCCUGUUCAGUCAGCCUCAGACAGUGUACUCAUGGAUAUGAGAAGAGAAUACUGUGUAGAUGACUUUAAACAUGUGGUCAAUUUUCUCAAAGAAAGAGUACCUAGAGUCACAAUUGCAACAGAUCUUAUAUGUGGUUUUCCAACUGAAACAGAACAGGACUUUGAAGAGACUAUGAAGUUAGUUGAAGAAUUCAAGUUUCCCAGUUUAUUCAUCAACCAGUUUUUCCCCAGACCAGGCACCCCAGCAGCCAGGAUGCCUAGGAUACAUCCACAGGAGGUGAAAAAGAGAACUAAGAGAGUUUCAGAACUGUUUCAGUCAUAUAGGCCAUAUGAUCAUAAGUUGGGUGAGAUUCAGACUGUCCUUGUGACUGAGGUAUCGCAUGACAAGCAGUACUAUGUUGGACAUAACAAGUGCUACGAUCAGGUUCUUGUCCCUAAAGAAGAACAUUUACUAGGAAAGUUGGUGGAAGUGAAAAUAAAAGAGACUGGAAAGCAUUACUUAAUUGGUGAGCUCCUUAAGACCCAGGCUGUAAGACCAGAGGGUGUGCCCCCACCUUUGAGACAGGGUGCAGUCUCGGGCCUACAAGAAGAGAAGGUGUCCAGCUCUGGUCACUGGACGUCCAAAUGGUCCACUGCUGCAGUAGUGAUUCUGGUGUGUGCAAUAUUGAUAAGACUUGCUAUGAAAUUAAUGCCCACAAUGAGGUAGCAAAUAUGAAAAUGUGGACUGCUACAGAAGCUCACAGGAUGUGGUGAUGACCAAUUGCUAAUUUGAAAUGAAGUUUGGAAGGAGUGUUAGUGUGUGGUACAACUGUGUCUUAUGCAUAUGUUACUGAUACAUAUAUGACACUUCUUCAAACACAGAUUUAAUCAGCAGUUUUCAUAUUUAUGCAUGAUUUACUCAAAAUGGCUGGUUGGAUGUAUUUUAGGAUAAAAAUGACCCACAAACAUUAAAUCUACGUCAAAGAAAAGUUCUUGCAUACAAGUCAUUUUUAAAUAACAUGUAAAUUUUAUCACAAGCACUUUUUUUAAAAAUCAAAACAGCAUAUUAUUAAUUAUACUUGUGGCAAAAAUAAAUCAAUGAACUUAACAAAUAUGGUCUACACUCUUUAUUUAGAUAAGAAAAAUACAUAUAGAUUUGAAAAUACAAAUCGGUCUGAAAAGUUCGAUAUACAGAUUAAUGAUUUUCAAACACCAUGUACCAGUUUCUAUUAAUACAAUAGAUGGUGAAGUUUUCAGUUUAAAACC